AUGGGAAGGUCACCUUGCUGUGACAAAGAAUUAGGGUUAAAGAAAGGGCCAUGGACACCCGAAGAAGAUGAACUACUCACUCACUAUAUGCAUAUCCACGGCCCUGGCAACUGGCGAGCCAUUCCCACCCAUGCUGGGCUUCAAAGGUGCGGAAAGAGUUGUAGACUACGUUGGACAAACUACUUAAGACCCGAUAUUAAGAGAGGCAAGUUUUCUUUUGAAGAAGAAGAGACCAUAAUUCACCUACAUAGUAUCUUGGGUAACAAAUGGUCGGCUAUUGCGUCUCAAUUGCCGGGCAGAACAGAUAAUGAAAUUAAGAAUUAUUGGAACACACACGUUAAGAAAAGGCUUCUAAAGAUGGGGAUUGAUCCGGUUACUCAUAAUCCACGUCUAGAUCUACUCAACUUGUCGUCUAUUGUCAUCUCGGCUCAACAAAAUCUUUCGAACCUACUUGGCCUUCAAGCACUAAUGAAUCCCGAACUAUUAAGAAUUGUUUCCGCUCUUAAUUCAUCCUCCAAUCUCCUACCAAUCAACUCGGAAUUGAUCACGAUAUUAUCACAAUUAAAGCUCUUUCAAGAAAACCAAUUUGUCGAUUUCCAAAUACAAAAUCAUAACGAGUUUAAUCAAUUUCUAAAUCAAAACAAUUUGAAUAAUCAGCAAGAAAGUACUCCAAUGUUUCGAACAAGCCAAGCCAAUGGAUUUCACUACAUUUGA